AUGCACACAUAGAGAGCGCUGGUUUCUGUGUAUUGUCAUUUUGUGACCGCGGAAUGGUGAUAUCAACACGGCGUUUUAGCACUGCGUGUUUACUAUUGGAAUAUACACACACAACUACUGGCUUCAAAGUUUGAUUGCUUUUUUUCUUUGCACAUUGGAAUAUAACCACAACAAAACAGUCAACAUGCCGAAAGUUGUUCCCGAUCAGAGAGCUAAGUUCGAGAACGAUGAACUGUUCAGAAAACUUGGACGUGAGUCAGAGAUCAAGUACACGGGGUUCAGGGACCGGUCGCACGAGGAGCGGCAGGUCCGUUUCCAGGCCGGAUGCCGCGAGGGCCACGCUGAACUCGCCUUCUCCUCGACUGGUACAAAUCUCCACCUUCAGUUUUUCCCCUCAAAUAACCACAAUGAAAACGGCAAGACGGAGCGGUUACCAACGAGAGAGUACGUCGACUUCGACCGAGAAAUAGGAAGGGUUCAUCUGAAAACGAGGUUUAUCCUGAACGGCGUGUGCGUGGUAUGUAAAGCAUGGGUGGAUCUGCAGAGAUUGGACGGUAUAGGCUAUGUGGAGUUUGACGAGGACAAGGCCAGGGUAGAGGACUCCGUCUUAAGGCAGUCCAUGGCUCAGCAAAACAGGAGACUACGGGACUUCGAGGAGAGACAGAGGAUACAGCGAGAGGAGAUUGAGCGACAGGCAGAGGCUGAAGUAGAGGCACGACGGAGGAGCCAGCCUAGUCCCGCGAGUACCAGCGGCAGCAGUGGCGGGACCAACAGCAGCAACGAAGGAUGCUGAAAACCAGCGGAAAUCAACAUGGCGGGGGAAAAUUCAAAUUGUAUUGGCGAGAAAAGAGGAACAGCUUUCUUUGUUUUGUCUGGAUAUCGUUUCGACCCCCAAAAGCCCCAUGAAUUGUGAAGAGUCAGCGUCCUUUGAUCAAAAUACAGCUGGUCUGUGUAUUUAUAAUAUUUCGACUGGAAUUAAGCCUACAAUUAAUUGUCUGCAAGUUGUAGCCACUGUGUUUGGUUUCGUUGCCAUAAUAUAGACGCAGACUAGACAACAAGUUUAUGAUGUGAACAUGUUCAAUAACAUCAAUGUUGUUAUUAUUAAGGGGCCAAAUCCUUUUUUUCACAGGUAUGGGACUAUCGGCCUACCCGAUUCAUUAACUUGAAAGAAAAUGUAUCAACAUGCUUCCGAAAUUGUUCAUACAAUGAAAAAGACUCAUCAAGUUUCUUUGCAUGGGUACAGGUAUCACUUUUGCUGUCAUGAAUUAAGUCGUCAGUAUUUGUAAAGCAUAAUCCAGCAAGGGACCAUUCUUGGCCUAUACCCAGAAGCUAAGAUUGCUGUUGUCUGUCACAUUGUAGAUUUUGUAGACUGUCAAACGUUUUUUUUAUAAAAAAAAAAGAAUGUAACAACGUAACAAAACGCGCUUUGAAGUCAAUGCCGUUUAAAGGAAGCCUUGCUUUUCUGUAAUGUUUCACACUAAUGCAUUACCCUAAUGUGUUUACAGUCAUUCUUUUAAAUUGCUGUAGUGUGGAAGUCUGAUUGCUAUAUAGAAAAGCUGAAAUUGUGUCAAAAUAAAAUUAGAGUAUUUUUUGGCAUUUUUUGGGUAAUUUCCCACCGCAUGUCUUCAUGAUCAAAACGUAUUAUAGCCUAUACCGGUAUUUAUUUUUCUGAUUUGUAUAAAAACGAAUUACCUUGACUAAGUUCACGGCACUCUCGAGUUACUUAUAUAUAAAAAAAGAACCAUGAGCAUAUUUUGAACGACAGAUGGCGCUAUAUUAAAUUUAGAGUUUGUAGCUAAACUGUAAUGGUACAAAAAAAAAUGUGCUUUCCGCGUUUUGGAUGCUAUAUUUUUUUAUAACGUUGCCAGGAUUACGAGAUCAGUCUUUUUAAAAGCAGAAUAAUGUUUAAAGUAUGUAGAUGUUUUUGGGACUAAGUCCAUUACACAUAGUGUUUGUUUUGCACAAUCAUUUAAAAAAAAAAAAUCAGCAUUUCGAUGUUUAAUGUUUCUGAAGAACUUUCCUAUCAUAAAAGUCUCCAUUGGAACUUGAAGCUAAUAUACAAUAUUUGCUUUUGCUGUAAUUGUUAGAAUUGGAUGGAUUUGGGGGUUUGUGCUUUGUAGCAAAUACUGUUACUCUGACCUGUUUAAUGUUUUGAGUUCGUGGAUGCUAGGGAAGAAAGUGCUGUUCUUGAUGUAAUCUUGUUCCCCGACUUUCUUUCAGACGAAACAAAGCAAUUUACAGAUGUCCGUUGAUGUGUUAUGUGUAACUGAUUCCAACGAUGGUCGGCUGACCAUCGUUGGAAAUUGAUACAAAAAUUCCACUUUUCUUGAAAUGACAGCUCACCAGGUGCCAUACUUGCACAGGAUGCUUGAGACUCAUAUUCACUAGCUUACAGUCAAGUUAGGUAUUUCAACAUCAUUUGGUAUAUAGUUUUGUUUUGUUUUGCUAAUGUUGUCUAAUACCUUUAAGUCUAUUGUUGAUUCUUGGAUGUAAAAAUAAUUUUCGAGCAUCGGUGUGUAAAAGGUCGUUAAAUUUAAGUUACAGCCGAACUUACAGUAUAAGUA